AGCACCUGGCGGGCCGGGAGCCGCUGGGGGCUGCCGGUAUCCGCGGCCCCGCUCCUCCCCGCCCGGCGUCAGGUGCCGCGGGGCGGGCAGUGCGCCUGUGCGGCCGCCCAGGCAGCGGAGCGGAGCGGAGGGGAGCGGGGCCGGGCAGGGCCGGGCCGGGCUGGCGGAGAACCGGGCGGCGGCCAGAGCGAGAAGAUGGCGGAGCCGGGGGCCGCGCGCGGCUCCCCGAGGGCGGCAGCCAUUGAUGGAUUUCUAAAAACUGAUGAGAGACAAAGACUCGCAAAGGAGAGAAGAGAAGAAAGGGAAAAAUACCUUGCUGCUAGGGAGCAGCAGAUACUGGAGAAGGAGAGGAGAGCAAAACUUCAAUAUGAAAAGCAUGUGGAGGAACGAUGGAGAAGACUGGAGGAACAGAGGCAGAGAGAGGAGCAGAAGAGAGCAGCUGUUGAAGAAAAGAGGAGGCAAAAGCUUAAAGAGGAGGAGGAACGUUUAGAAGCCAUGAUGCGGCGGUCCCUUGAACGCAGCCAGCAGCUGGAACAGAAGCAGAAGCGAUGGUCGUGGGGAGGAGCACUGGCUGCAGGCUCAGGAGGGAGAGACGGUGAAUCAGAAAAUACCCCACCCCCUGUUCUAGGUUUAGCUGCCAACACCCUUCCUCCAGACCCUGUGACCUCUACCGCUCCUGCUGAUUCCUUCAAUGCAUGUGACAAACUUUCAGCUUCUACAAUGAACCUGCCAAAGCAAAUGGAAUCGCCAAUCAGUAAGCGCCUCUCCUCCUCCACAGCGGCAAUAACACAUUCCCCCGACAGAGCUCACCGCAUGCAUCUUAGUCCAAUGGAAAACUUUAUUGUUUCUCGGCUGCUGACUCCCACACAGUCGUCUUUAGCCAGAAGCAGAAGUACAUUAGUGCUUUCUGAGCAGUACAAUAAUCCAGUAUUCCAUAUCUGUCCUCGUGUAGCACCAGCUAGUCCUCUUAAAUCUCCCUACAAGCCUUCCCCCACCCGAAGCACAGACAGAAAGAAGGCAACUUCGCCCUCCACUUCGGAUGCCAUGAAAGGGGCGGCUGCAGCUGAAGCUACUCAGACUGAGAAAAUAAAGAAAGAGAAGCGACCCUCCACACCCAGUUCUUCAUCUGGUAUGGGAUCUCCUCUGAGAAGGUCUGAUUCUCCAGCUGCCAUGUCCAGGAGAUCUGCCUCACCUGCAACACCUAAGACAGUUGCAAAGACUUAUCCUCAGUCUCCUAAAAAUGCCAAACAAUAUCCAGCUUCUCCUGUGAAGCAUCGUGCCACUUCUAAUCUCAACCAGGAAACUCCUAAAAAGAAAGCAGAUAAAGAGAAAGAAAAUGCCAGUCAUCAAAAAUCCCCAGGAGCACGCCCCGAUGAGGCAGGCCAGGUGGCUUCUGAAAAGCACGUGCCUUCUGCAGGGAAGACUGAAAGCAGUGAAGGGAAGAUCACAGCAGGAACAACUGAUGCAGAAGAAGCUGCAAAAAUUCUAGCUGAAAAAAGACGACAGGCCCGACUGCAAAAAGAACAAGAAGAAAGGGAGAGACAAGAAAGAGAAGAACGGGAAAGGCUUGAAAGAGAAGAACAGAAAAGAAAGGCAGAAGAAGAAAGACUUCGUCUCGAGGAGGAGGCUCGUAAGAAAGAGGAGGAGAGAAGACGUGAAGAAGAAGCAGCUAGAAAAAAGGCAGAAGAGGAAGCCAAGAGAAGAGCUGAGGAAGAACAAAUGCUGAAAGAAAAGCAAGAAAAGGAGCUCCAGGCCAAAAUUGAGAAACAGAGGGAAGAAGCGGAAAUCAAAGCCCGUGAGGCAGCUGAACAACUUCGUCUUGAAAGGGAGCAAAUCAUGCAGCAAAUUGAGCAAGAAAGACUGGAGCGGAAGAAGAGAAUAGAUGAAAUAAUGAAGAGAACAAGGAGGAGUGAAACACCAGAAAUAAAGAAGGAAGAGCCAAAACUGGAGAUACCAUCAACUUUGAAUGUGGAAAAGCAACCAAAAGUCCUUGUUCUCAACCAGCCAGAGAUCAAUGGACUGGCAACCUGCCUAAAAAAUAAAAGCUUAGAAAGUGCUGCCUCUGUAGUCCCUUCCCAAGAUGUAGUUGCUAAUGGACUAAAGUCAGUUCCAGGACUUAUUCAGCUGGAAGCUGUUGAUGGGAAGUCUAACAGCAUGGAAGACUCAACAGAUGAGGUUCAGUCUAUGGACGUGAGCCCGGUUUCAAAAGAAGAACUUAUCUCCAUCCCUGAAUAUUCACCCAUGAAUGAACUCAUGCCCGGUGUUUCUUUGGACCAAAACGGGACAAGUAAUGCCAAGGCUCUUGAAGAUCUCUUGGAUUUCACAGGCCAAGCUACUUACUCCAAGACGUCCAGUGAUACCAUUAGCCUAGAUGACUGUAACAAAAACUUGAUUGAGGGGUUUAACAGCCCAGGACAGGAAAAUACACUUAAUUCCAUCUGUUGACAACCUCGCUUUUCAGCAGAACAAAAAAAAGAGGUAGCGAUCUGUGGAGGAUACAUAUUCCUGUGAUGCUACUGACGGUAAAAUACGAGCUUGUCACUUGGAAAAGCUUCUGCAGUCCUUGAACACUGGAUCUCAAAUAAUCGGAGCUGAAUAGAACUUCGUCUUCCCAGGGAAUAUGUUGAAUAACUGUCUGCUUUUGGUGGCAAACAGUGAUCUAGAACCUCGAUGGUUUCAGGGAAGACUAUGCAUUAGAAUCUGAGCUUUAGCUGCUAGUAAAGCACUUAAAAUUUCUUUUAAUUUAAAAUCCAUCUGAACACUUCACUGUGAUUUUUACUUGUGCAUUUUAUUUUAAAAUCAUUCUUCCUUAAUUUUAUCAUACAUAUAUUUAGAUGUCUUUUUCUUGUAAAUAGUGAAGAAAUUUGCCCACGGUGCAUUGAAAUGAAAUAAUCUACUGUACUUUAGUUUUGUGCCUAUCUUUUUUUGUUUCCUUUUUAAUAAGGAAUUAUUGGCAACAUUUAUGCAGGUGUAUAAUUCAAAUCUAUAAGUGAAAAGGCUUGAAAAAUACAGAAUUACUGGAAUUGGAAGAGCCUUCUUACUGACUGUGGAGUGUGGAAGUUAUCACGUUGCGGUUAUGUUGGCAGUUUUAGUCACUAGUGGCACUUGUUGGUCAAUACUUAUAGUCCUGGAGCGACUAUCAGUUAUGUGUUUAAAAACAUACUUGUGUAACACCUGUGAACAACAUAGGCAGAAUGCCUAGUAUAAUCCUUUAAUACAUAUAGUAUAACUGUAGUAGAUGCAAAUGAGUAUGUUGGGGGGCAGAUAACAUGUUAACCUUUGAGGAUGUGGACAUUUGAUAAAUACCAGCAGGCUUGCUGUCAUGUGGAGAAGCAUUUUGUCUUCCUUAGAGGCUCAACAAAACAAGGUACAGUCAGCAGCAAAAUAAUAUUCAAACAUUGCAGCAGAAAUACAAAGGCUGGGAGACACACAGUGAACACUGCUAGCCUACUUAAUAUCCUAUAAGCAUCUGUAUGGAAGAAUUCACAUCAAGAUGUAUAAUGUGUAGACAUUACGUGCCAUACAGCAUUAACUUUAUUUCUGUUGGUAAACUAUGAUAACUUUAUGCUAGACUCUGUGCUGCUUUGAGGACGCUUUUGUCCAGUUCCUUAUAAAAAAUAAAUUAUAAAUACAUCUCUCUUUGGAAACUAACAUGAAAAGAAGUGAAAACUUGUGUUUUUUUGUUUUGUUUUUUUCCUGUGCAAGGGAGUUCAAAAUGUAGCUUGAGCUCAAUUGUAGACCCAUUCUUGCGCUCUUUAAAGCCAGCAGUGGGGAUGUAACCAAUGAAAUUAUGUGCGAUGUAUACAGGAAGCAUACCUACAGCAAUCCAGUUAUUUAUGUUGGUGUACUUCAGAAAAAUAAUUUCUUUUGACUGUGCAGUAAGCUGUAGCAUGGUACUGUGUCUUCCAAAUUAGUCCUACAUUUAUUUCUUAAACGAUAAACAAACAAAACCAUUUGGUUUGCUGUGAUACAUUGUAUUUGACAAAUGUCACAUGAUAUUUUAUGGUGUCAUUGUAUAACCUGUAGAUUUCUUUAUUUGCAUGACAUGUAUAGCAUGUAUAAAGGUGAAAUACAUUUUCAUUUCUGAAUUUAA